AUGGCUGAGGGUCGCGACGAGCACCCCGCUCCAAGCAGCGCCAGCACUGGCGCCAGCAGCACCAAACAGGUCCACGGCCUGAGCCGCCCACUAUGGCAGCCUCUCACCGUAACCCUGCCCCCACCAAUUUUCAUUCUGCCCUUUCUGCUGCUUGGAUUUUGCUUUCUCCUCUUUCCGAUCCAAAACAAAGAGUCUCACUCUGUAUCUCCUGUCAUUUCGGAAUCCCAAACUUCCAUACACACUUCUUUUCCCAAGGCAUCAACCGAUUCCUCACCCAAAAUGUCUACCGAGCAGACCUUCAUUGCUAUCAAGCCUGAUGGCGUCCAGCGUGGCCUCGUUGGUCCCAUCGUCUCCCGCUUCGAGAACCGCGGCUUCAAGCUCGUCGCCAUCAAGCUGGUCUCUCCCUCCAAGGAGCACCUCGAGACUCACUACGCCGACCUCAAGGAGAAGGCUUUCUUCCCUGGUCUGAUCCAGUACAUGUCCUCUGGCCCCAUCUGCGCCAUGGUCUGGGAGGGCCGUGACGCCGUCAAGACUGGCCGUGCCAUCCUCGGUGCCACCAACCCCCUCGCCUCCGCCCCUGGCACCAUCCGUGGUGACUUCGCCAUCGAUGUCGGCCGCAACGUCUGCCACGGCUCCGACUCCGUCGAGAACGCCCAGAAGGAGAUUGCUCUCUGGUUCAAGAAGGAGGACCUCAUUAACUGGAAGUCCGCCCAGUUCGACUGGAUCUACGAGAAGGCUUAA